AUGACAACUUCAAGACACAGUCACUUCGGUAAGUCCAUUAAGUCACCAGAAAUAAAUAAUAAGGGAGAACAAAUAUCGUCUGCAUUACUAGCCACAGCUAUAGUACGUAUUGAGCUAAACGGCCAGGUUUCUAAACCUUUGCGUGCAUUGUGUGAUACUGGAGCUCAAAUUAAUUUCAUAAGUGACAAUGCCGUUCGUUCACUUAAAUGGCCAACACAACAAUGCAGCAUUCGAAUCCAUGGAAUUGGUAAUGCACCUGAGAAGUCUCAUUCAAGGAAACUAACAUGUCAGCUGCUAUCUAGAAUGAGUUGUACAUCAAUACAAACUAUUGAUUUGAUAGUUGGGCCAAACUUGUCAAAGCUGUGGUUGCCAGAUCAACAGAUUCCAGAAACUGUUAUUCCUUCAGAAGUUUUGCCCAAUUUGGCUGAUCCUGGUGCAUGUGUACCUUCUACAAUCGACAUUUUGCUUGGUGCGGGUGUAUGGGCUGCAGUGAUACGUGAUGGUAGUAUUGUAAGUCCACAAGGAAUUGCAUUUCAACCUUCAACUUUAGGCUGGUUGAUGUACGGUGGAGGAUCAAGUUCAUUUGGUGAUUUAACCAAUGUAAUUGGUGUAACGGUGACAAAUGAGCCACAAUUGGAUCAAAUGUUAAUGCGAUUUUGGGAAACUGAAGAAAUUGAAGUAGCACGAAUCCGCACAGUUGAACAUGAGCGAUGUGAAGAUAUUUUCAUGAAGAAACAUCUCCGCCUUCUUUGCGGUCGCUUUCAGGUUGAUAUACCAUUGCGCGAAGGCAUCGAUCAAACACAACUUGGUUCAUCAAGAGCGAUAGCAUUACAUAGGUUUCUUCAGUUAGAACGCCGAUUCAAGCGCGAUCCAGAAUUAAAGGCAAAAUAUUUUGCAGCCAUUAAUGAACUGCUAUGUAAUGGUCAAAUGAAGUUAGCAGAUCGUCCACCAAAUGAAUUAUAUUACUAUAUUCCGCAUCAUCCAGUGCUAAAAAAGUUUCGUAUAGUGAACGAUGCAUCAUGCAAAACAGAUCGCGGUAUUUCACUUAACGAUGUGCAGCUAGUGGGCGAAAAAUUACAGGAUAACUUGGCUGAUUUAAUUAUGCGUUUCAGAUGUCAUCCAGUUGCUGUCACUGCCGACAUUAAAAAAAUGUACUUGCAGGUGCGCAUCAAUCCUAAACAAUGGGACCUGCAACGAAUCUUUUGGCGACCAGAUGAAAAUACCGCGAUAAAAGAAUACUGGCUAACAGUGGUUACGUUUGGGUUGUCCUCAGCACCACAUUGUGCUGUACGCGCGAUGAUUCAAGGUGCUCGAGAAGCAAAGGGACAAUAUCCAAUAGGUGCAGAAGUGGUAGAACACGACUUUUAUAUAGAUGAUUGUCUUACCGGUGCAGACACUGAUGCAGAAGCUCGCCAGUUGAGUGAAGAAAUAGAUAAAGUGCUGCGAUCAUCUGGGUUUGUAUUAGAUAAAUGGCGAUCAAAUAGGCCGAAUGUAGUACCAAUUUGUGAACAAGGGGCUCUAGAUCUUGGAGAGUUUGAAGACACUACAGUUUUAGGAUUACGAUGGCUGCCAACAACAGAUGAGUUAAUGUUCAAAUUCAAGCUUCAUCCAGUUCUAGAAGUGAAAGAAGCAACCAAACGAAAAUUGCUUAGUCGAAUUGCGAAAAUUUUCGACCCAAAUGGAUACAUAGGUCCAGUUGUGGUAAAAGCGAAAAUAUUGAUGCAAAAAAUUUGGAGCGCAAACAUUGGAUGGGAUUCUUUAGUUCCCGAUAAUAUCUAUCGAGAGUGGCGACGUUUCGAACAGCAGUUGCCACUAGUUACCGAAAUCCGAUUGCCAAGAUGGUUAGGAAUCAAAAGCGAUCGGAAUAUCUCGUUGCAUGGGUUUGCUGAUGCUUCAACAGUGGCAUACGGAGCUGCACUUUAUGUGCGUGUAGAAACAAAAGAUCAAAUCUUAUGUACUCUCAUUGCGGCUAAAUCUCGGGUUGCACCUUUAAAAACAAUUACAAUACCCCUAUUGGAACUUUCUGCAGCGCUGAUGCUCAGCGAAUUAGUAAGGACAUUUAAGAAGACAGCAAAACAUCAAUAUGUGAAAACUACAUUAUGGUCUGACUCUCAAAUCGUGCUAGCCUGGCUUAAAAAAGAUUCUGCAACACUAAAGAUUUUUGUUAAUAAUCGAAUUCAGAAAAUUCAGCAGCUCACAGCAGAUACGGAGUGGCGCUACAUCUCUUCAAUUGACAAUCCGGCUGAUCAAUUAAGCCGAGGAACUUCCGUUGCACAGCUGCGUGAUUCAAGACUUUGGUGGAAUGGUCCUUUAUGGCUACGUCAAAUAGCUAUCCAUUGGCCAAACUAUCAAUUAAAGACAACAUCUACUGAAGAUUCAGAAAUUGCAAAAGAAGAGAAGUUUAACGACAGGGAUUCACAUUUCAGACAGUAUCACAAAGAAAUAGCAAUGAUGAGCGUGACCUUGCGUGGUGUUAAUCUUCUUGAACGUGCUUCAAAAAUGUUUCAGCUGUGUCGACUCUCUGCAUGGCUUUUUAGAUUUAUGCAUAAUAUACGAGUAAAAAAAGAGUAUCGCUGGAAAGGUCCUUUGUCGAAUAAGGAGAUCAAGACAGCUCAAGAAUUCUGGGUUCAUGAAGAGCAGCAGUUGUACUACUCUAAGGAGAUUAAAGCACUAAAGAAUGAACACGAUAAAAGUAUUGAUCCGCUAAGCCCAAUUGCCAACUGCACUCCUUGGCUUGAUAACAAGGGGCUGCUGCGAUUAGGUGGUCGAUUAGGUCGAGCACCGAUUCCAAUAGAGCAAAAGUAUCCCAUUCUUCUACCUGAUGUCAGUCCUUUGGCAAAGUUGGUGAUAAGAGAAGCUCAUGAAAGGUCUCUACAUGGCGGGCCUAACGAAACUAUGGCCUUUGUUAGGCGCAGAUUCUGGAUAACAAAUCUCCGCCGUGCCGUCCGAAAACAUAAUUGGGAUUGUGUGAUAUGCACACGGCACAGGCACCAAGCAACAACACAAAUGAUGAGUGAACUCCCUACAGAUCGAGUGACACCAUGUAGACCUUUUAGUCACACCGGAGUUGAUUAUGCUGGGCCAUACUUGCUUAAAGCACGUGGAGGUCGUUGCAACAUUAUCGAAAAGAAGUACAUCGCAGUAUUUGUUUGCAUGGUUACUAAGGCGGUCCAUUUGGAAUUAGUUGAAAGUCUAUCAACAGCAGAUUUCAUCCAGGCUUUUUUAAGAUUCACAAGCAUUCGAGGUGCCUGCUUACGUUUGUGGAGUGACAAUGGUAAGAACUUCGAAGGUGCAGCGAUUGAACUCAAGAAAAUGCUUCGAAGUUGGAAUGAAAUGGAUAUGGCAAAAGCAUUGCAGAAAUAUGGCACUGAAUGGCGAUUUAUCACACCAGCUGCACCGCAUCAGGGCGGGCUUUGGGAAGCUUGUGUGAAGUCUAUGAAAUACCAUCUCCGAAGAGUGAUUGGUCCGCACAAAUUAACGAGCAGCGAAUUUCAAACAGUUUUGGCUCAAACUAGUGCUGUAAUGAAUUCUCGACCACUUUCGGCCCUCACAGAAGAUCCAGAGGAUUUGUCUUUCCUUACUCCAGCACAUUUUCUUAUUGGAGAACCGAUCAUACAGCCUUUUGGAGCGAACGUUUCGGAAAUCCCGGACAAUCGUUUGAAAUCACCACAGCGAAUUCAAAAAAUGACCCAAGUAUUUUGGAAGGCAUGGGCCCAAGAUUAUCUGCAUCAAUUGCAUCAACGGACGAAGUGGCGACAACCACAACCAAAUUUGAAAACAGGCGAUUUAGUAAUUAUCCGUGAAGAGAAUGUUCCUCCAACUUUCUGGAAGACAGCUAGAGUGAUUGAGACAUUCGCCGGGGCUGAUGGUUUAGUCCGAAACGUUCGGUUGAGAGUCGCAUCUUCAGAUUGGAAGUUGAAACCAAGAGAGAAAAAAGUGCCGUUCAUAAUCUGGGAACGCCCAAUACAGAAACUGUUCCGGCUGCCGAUAGAGACUGAAAGUGAAGCAGAGCAUUCACGGGGGGAAUGUGUUGCCGCCACCAAUUUGUUUUACGAUUUAGAAUUAUCCAAAGAACCAUCAUGA